AUGGCAAAAAGCCAAGCGUCUUUUCCAAAGCGUGGGGCUAAGCGUGCUCUAUCGAAUGAGAGAGAAGUAUCAUCUAUACCGAGGUAUUACCUAGACCAAAACAACAGUGAUGCGCCAGAAUCGGCGCAUGCAUCUGCCGAUGCAGUGUCAAAUGGUGAUAACGAAAAGCAUUGGGUGUACCCCUCGCCACAGCAGUUUUAUAAUGCAGUUCGGCGCAAAAACCACAAUGCGCGUGUAGAGGAUAUGGACGUGGUGGUUCCUAUACACAAUGCUGUAAACGAAGAGGCUUGGCGCCGCAUCACCGAAUGGGAAGAUGCAUGGAAGUCUGAUGCCGAUGCGCCCCGUCCCCAACUGGUCAACUUUGUUGGGCGUCCUCGUGACAUUACAUGGCGCGCAUGGUUCCGCGGCCUGGCCGGUUACGAAAUGCCAUUCGACCGACAUGAUUGGGUGAUUGUUCGUCCACGGUCGGACGAUGACCAAACACCUCAGACGAUGCGAUAUAUUAUCGACUUUUACGCUGGACGUGCACCAUCCUCGUCCUCAACAAAUUCUCCUGUGAGCUUUUACUUGGAUGUGAGACCAGCACCAAGUAGUAUGGAGGGCAUUGCUAUGCGUUUGCAUCGGUGGUGGAUGGAUAUGAAGGUAUGA